AUUAGAGAGUUUGCUCACUAAGCUGUUCUCCAGCAGCACUAAUAUGCCCAGCUACACGGUGACUGUUUCCACAGGUACUCAGUGGUUUGCUGGAACAGAUGACUACAUUUACUUAACCCUGGUGGGAUCUGAAGGAUGCAGUGAGAGAACCCUUUUGGAUAAACCCCUCUAUAAUGACUUCGAAAGAGGAGCGGUGGACUCAUAUGACAUCAAUGUGGGUGAGGACCUGGGUGAAAUUCAGCUAAUAAAAAUUGAAAAGAAGAAAUACUGGAUACACGAUGAUUGGUACUGCAAAUACAUCACAGUGAAGACACCCUAUGGAGAUCACAUCGAGUUCCCUUGCUUUCGCUGGCUGGUUGAUGACAAGGAGGUGAUCCUCAGGGAUGGCCGUGCUCGAUUGCCGCAGCAUGACAAGACUGGGAUGGCAAAACAGCACAGGCGCAAAGAGCUAGAACAGAGACAAAAGACAUACAGAUGGAAGGAAUGGCACCCUGGCUUCCCGAUGAGUAUAGAUGCCAAAGCCCAUUGUGAGCUGCCACGGGACAUUCAGUUUGACAGCGAGAAAGGAGUGGAUUUUGUGCUCAACUACAGCAAAGCGAUAGAAAACCUGUACGUAAACCAGUUUAUGCACAUGUUCCAGUCCUCUUGGGGUGACUUUGCAGAUUUUGAGCGAAUAUUUAUGAGAAUUAAGAACACAAUAUCAGAGUAUGUGAUGCAGCAUUGGAAAGAAGACUUCAUGUUUGGUUACCAGUUCUUGAAUGGCUGCAAUCCUGUCAUCAUCAGGAAAUGUACAGAGAUACCAGACAAGUUUCCAGUCACACAUGAACUUGUGGAUUACAGCCUGGAGAGAGGUCUCACCCUGGAGGAGGAGCUCAAGGCAGGAAACAUCUUCAUUGCUGACUUUGAGUUAUUAGAUGAGGUAACGCCCAAUGCUACGGACCCAUGCACACUCCAGUACUUGGCUGCACCCAUCUGUUUGCUGUACAAGAACAUUCAGAACAAAAUCAUGCCAAUCGCCAUUCAGCUUGGUCAAAAACCAGGGGAGGAGAACCCCAUCUUCCUCCCAAGUGAUGAUCAGUAUGACUGGUUGCUAGCCAAGAUUUGGGUGAGAUCUUCAGACUUUCACGUGCACCAGACAGUCACACAUCUUCUUAAGACACAUCUGAUAACUGAGGUCUUUGGCAUAGCCAUGUUCAGACAACUGCCUGCAGUUCAUCCUGUUUAUAAGUUGCUGUUACCUCACAUUCGUUUUACCAUUGCCAUUAACACCAAGGCCCGUGAGCAACUCAUCUGUGAGUGUGGACUCUUUGACAAGGCUAAUGGUACUGGUGGAGGUGGCCAUGUAGAGUUGGUCCAGAAGUCCAUGAAGACCUUCACCUACAAGUCCCUUUGUUUCCCAGAGGCCAUUAAAGCCAGAGGAAUGGACAACCAGGAGGAGCUGCCUUACUACUUUUUCAGAGAUGAUGGCAACAGAGUCUGGGAGGCUGUGAAAAAUUUUGUGGCUGAGGUAGUGGACGCCUACUAUGACAAGGAUGAGACCGUUCAGGGGGAUGAAGAGAUCCAGGCAUUUGUUAAAGAUGUUUGCAGCUUUGGAAUGCAUGAUUUUGACUCUUGUGAGUUUCCCAAGGCAUUACAAACCAAAGAGCAGCUAGUGGAGUAUCUAACUAUCGUUAUCUUCACUGCUUCUGCACAACACGCUGCAGUAAACUUUGGACAGUUUGACUGGUGUUCAUGGAUUCCCAAUUCUCCCCCAACCAUGCGGAAUCCUCCUCCUACAAAGAAGGGUUUGGUGGAUAUGAAGUACAUAGUGGAAAGUUUGCCUGAUCGGGGACGAUCCUGCUGGCAUCUUGGAGCUGUGUGGGCCCUCAGUCAGUUUCAGGAAAAUGAGUUGUUCUUAGGAAUGUAUCCUGAUGAGCACUUCGUCGAUAAACCUGUGAAGGAGGCCAUGGUGAAAUUUCGAAAGAAACUUGUAGAAAUUACCAAAGUCAUCAAGACCCGAAAUGAUGGAAAAAAGCUGCCAUACUAUUAUCUGUCUCCAGACAAAAUCCCAAACAGUGUGGCAGUCUGAUGUUACAGUAACAGAUGACCAGAAGCGCUAUGCAGGAUUGUUUAAUGGGUUAAAGUUGAUUUGUGAUGUAAACUGUGUGAUAAUGUGCUAACAAAACCUUGCUGUGUUUGUUUGUGUGCACUGACUAGUCAGACAUAGCAAAAUUGUCUCAACCAAUGGCUUGUGCUUGGGGUAAGACUAGCUGUUUGUCAGGCCAGUAAUGUUCAUGAAAUCUGUUUGACAAUGGGCAUUAUUUAACAAUUCCGUUAUACGCUAGUGGUGCAGAAAUGACACCUCUUGAACUAGAAGAAUUGAAAAAGAAAGCAAUUUCAUUUAUCAAGGUAGCAUAUGUGUCCAGUUAGAGGAAUUUCAUAAUUCUGUGAUUUUGUGAAUAAUAAUUAGGAAAUCAUACAGAAAACAUGUAAAAAUAAAGUUUGAAAUUAUGUUGCAGCCACAAAAUUAUUUUAAGCCUGCUUAUUAUCUUAAUGUUUGUAUUUUUUACAUUUAUUUUACCCAAAAAUACCAAAUAAACACUGAUUAAUUAUGCAUUCUUUAGCACAUUUGAGCGUUUCCCUCAUUCUUGAUCACAAAAGCCAAUGUAGGGAAACUUAAAUUUAAGUUUGUCUUUACUGACAUCCUGUACCAUUACAAAUGAUUAUAAAAUUACUUUUACAUACAUAUGAUGCAGUCACAGUGUCUAUAUUUCAAGAUGUUCUAACACUCCAUUAUUUCCAGCCCACAAUAUGCAGUUUUGUAAGUUAUUUGGGUAAGAACAUAAUUAAUGGAUCUACUUGAGAAAUGUACUAAAAUAGAC